AUAUAUAGAGGUGAGUUAGAGACUAAGUAGUAACACCACACCAUAUCUAACAUCAAAGAUCCAAUAUGGCAACUCCCCAAGAUAAACUUUCCUCCAAAUCUUUCAAAUGGUUUUCCACCAAAGCCCUAAAACUAAACCUAAGUUUCCAUAACCGACGAGCGUCAUCACCAAAAUCCAAUUCUUCUUCAAGCUUAAACUCUCCAAGAAGCAACACUGAUGACAACAACAACACAAAAAGUCACCACUCCCAUGACGAGCUCCGUCGAGUCUUCAGCCACUUCGACGUGAACAGCGACGGUAAGAUCUCAGCCUUUGAGCUCAGAGACUACUUCGGAUCUGUAGGUGAAUAUAUAACUCACGAGGCAGUUCAAGAAGCGAUAAACGAAGUAGAUACUGAUGCUGAUGGGUCUUUAGGUUUUGAGGAUUUCGUUGGGUUGAUGACAAGAAGAGAUCUUGACGGUAACGGUGACGGUGGUGGAGAGUUGAAGACGGCGUUUGAGAUGUUUGAGGUGGAGAAAGGGUCAGGAUGUAUAACACCAAAGGGUUUGCAAAAUAUGCUUACGAAGUUAGGGGAAUCAAGAACGUAUGGAGAGUGUGAAGCAAUGAUAAAUUAUUACGAUAUUGAUGGUAAUGGAGUUCUUGAUUAUCAUGAGUUUCGGCAAAUGAUGACCGUUUAAUUUAAUUAAUUUAUGUUUAUCUCAUAUUAUCAUGUUAUUUGCUCGAAAUGCUUAUGAAGUGUUUUCUUUUUACAAAGUUAAUCUUUAUGAAGUGUGUGUAGGUUUUAUAUUACGAGUGAGCUUAAUUACUUGUGUGGACUAUUAAUAAAUUAUAUGAAUGAUAUAUUUGUAUUUUGAGGUA